UCCUAUAAGACCCAUUCCUUCCUCCUCAUCCCGCAUCCAUUCCAUUGCCAACCUCUGAAGCAGCAGCAGCCCAACCUUUCCCUUCCUCUUCUUUCUUUCUGUCUGUCUUCCGUCGAUGGCCACCGAGGUGCUGCGCCCGCACAACGUCCUCCUGCCUUCCCCUGCGCAGAGGAUCCGUGCCACGUCGUCGCAGCAGAGGAGGCCGACGGCCAGGGCACCCGUGCCGGCGGCCGCCCGGAGACACCAGGGCAAGCCCAGGAGGGCGCCCGCUGCCGCCGCGGUGGAGGUCUACGCCGGGCCGGCGUUCUCCGUGUCCCCCGAGCCGAGUGCGCUGCCGCUGCCGCAGUUCCCGUUCAGGAAGGCCGCCGCCGCCGUCGCCGUCGUCGACGAUGACGCCGCCACGCGCGACCUCCGCCGCAUGCUCCGGCUGGAGUAGUCGCCGCCUCUAGCCGGCGCGCGUGACAUAGCUUCUUCUUCUUUAAUUGUUCCCCUUCUCUUCUCUGGCCUUGCAGUUGGCAUGUGAGCUGUACGGGUAGUUCUGGCCAGCCUCGUGGUGCGUGGCGCCGCCGCGGCCAGGUCGCCGGCUCAGUUUUAUUGUGUGGCCGGAGACCGGUAGCGCGGCGGCCGUGAGCUCCGACGACGGCGGCGUAGAAUGAACGCAGCAGUAUGCGACGACGAUGAUGUAAUUACGUAUUCACAUUUACAUUGUAGACAUAUACAGUAUAUGUAUACGCCUAUACGGUAGGGGUCUCUUUGGUAUAAUACAAGUCUAAAGUAAUUAGUUUAACCCACCCAUGUGUGUGUACCAUGUCUUAGCAUAAGAAAAACAGGCCAUUUUCCGCCUGUUUAUAGGUGUAUUGGUUGAUUGAAAAGUGUUUUUAUUUUUGGUUGUGUUCGUGGGGAUAUAUAUUUCAAUUAGUCAUAGCUAAAUUAUGUUCACUGUAAUUAGUCGCUAUGUCAACUCGGUUGGUGGCACG